UAAAUAAGUUGCAGGAGUCUGGCAACACUCUGCCGGAUUGUUGUUACGCGAGCGAUUUCUUUAAGUUUUUAUUUCUAGUUUAAUUGAUCAAAGAAAUUGGAUAUAAUGUUGGCUCUACGCAGCUCCCAGAGACUGGGCUUACGGUCCCUGCUGCCGGCAGCCUACAAAAACGUGGGAUUGGUCAACUACUCAUCCUCGCAGUCCAAAAACGACGAUGGAUAUUCCUCUUCGGACGAUGAAAAGCCAACAAAAAAGAAGGAUAAGCCCGCGGAGAAAAAGGACCAACCCGUGGAGACGGCGGCACAGCGACUGAAUCGGCUACUUGGCACUAUGCAGGCUACAGAUCAGCUACCGAAACCCGAUUUCCCUCGUCCUGGCGAUGCCAACCGGAAGCGCAGGGAGGCCCAAAAACAGGAGGCGGCCUCGAAGAAUGUUCUGACCGCAGCCAAAAACAUUGCCAGCAUGCUGGGCACCAGCGAGAGCGACAAGAAACAAACGGAAUCGGAGCUUUUGGCAAAACUCCUCGGUCAUGGCAGCGAAUCAGCACCAGCUGCGACUGGUGAAAAUCAGACGGUAGAUACUUCAUCACCUCCUGCUGGGGAUAAGGAACUCAAUCUGAGCGAUCUAAUUGUGGGUAUGAAGAUUGAUCGUCGACAGCAGCCGCAGCAGACUGAUCAGACUCGCGGCGAGUAUGUGCGUCGCUCGUUGGCUUCCAGGUUCAAGUCACAGAACAGAGAGGGCAUUUAUCAGCGACCCCAGAGGCAGGUCAAAAGGGAGGCUGAAUCCUUUACGGGUAGUGUCAAUUUGUACGGCGGAGAACCCCUAGGCAUCUUCAAAGAUACCCAGAUUCCUGUUUCCACCGACAUUCUAUCCACCUGGUCGCAACUUAGCGAGCGGGAGUUGAGUCUUCAUGCCGCCCACCCACCGGCAAACUACUUUGAACAGAUGGUCCUGUGGACCGAUCAGAGUAAGGUGUGGCGCUUUCCUAUUAACAACGAGCAGGAUUGGGUGGACGAGGUGAAUGUGGACUUCUCGGAGCAUAUUUUUCUUGAACAGCAUCUGGAAGAGUGGUGCCCCAGCAAAGGUCCAAUCCGUCAUUUUAUGGAGCUCGUCUGCGUCGGUCUAUCUAAGAAUCCCUAUUUGACCGCCCAGGAGAAAAAGGAUCACAUCCUGUGGUUCCGUGAUUAUUUCCAGGCCAAAAAGGAUAUACUCAAGGAUCUGAUUAGCAAGGAGCCGGGCAAAAGUAUUUCCGCUUAGUGUCUUUGUUUGAAUAUUUGUUAAAAAUAUAUUUUUGCUUUAUAAGACCAUCGA